GACUAUUUUGGGAUCCGCUUUGUGGACCCAGAUAAGCAGCGGCAUUGGUUGGAGUUUACGAAAUCUGUGGUGAAGCAGUUGAGAUCCCAGCCUCCGUUCACCAUGUGUUUCCGGGUGAAGUUCUACCCUGCAGACCCCGCUGCCCUGAAGGAAGAAAUAACCAGGUACUUGGUCUUCCUGCAGAUCAAAAGGGAUCUCUACCACGGCCGCCUCCUCUGCAAAACGUCCGAUGCCGCCUUGUUAGCGGCGUAUAUCCUUCAAGCGGAGAUUGGAGAUUAUGACCCAGGAAAACACCCUGAAGGCUACAGCUCCAAAUUCCAGUUUUUCCCUAAACAUUCAGAGAAGCUGGAAAGGAAAAUUGCUGAGAUUCACAGGACAGAACUCAGUGGCCAAACACCAGCAACAUCAGAGCUGAACUUCUUAAGAAAAGCGCAGACACUGGAGACCUACGGAGUGGACCCUCACCCGUGUAAGGACGUGUCCGGAAAUGCUGCGUUUCUGGCCUUCACUCCUUUUGGAUUUGUUGUUCUUCAAGGAAACAAGAGGGUCCACUUCAUUAAAUGGAACGAGGUGACCAAGCUGAAAUUUGAAGGGAAGACUUUCUAUUUAUACGUAAGUCAGAAAGAGGAAAAGAAAAUUAUUCUCACAUAUUUUGCUCCAACUCCAGAAGCCUGCAAGCACCUCUGGAAAUGCGGAAUUGAGAACCAAGCCUUCUACAAGCUAGAGAAGUCAAGCCAAGUCCGCACAGUGUCCAGCAGCAACUUAUUCUUUAAAGGGAGCCGGUUCCGAUACAGUGGCCGAGUUGCAAAGGAAGUAAUGGAGUCGAGCGCCCAGAUCAAACGGGAGCCGCCGGAAAUCCACAGAGCUGGGAUGGUUCCCAGCCGCAGCUGCCCCUCCAUAACCCAUGGCCCAAGGCUGAGCAGCGUCCCCAGGACUCGGAGAAGAGCUGUUCAUAUCUCCAUCAUGGAAGGCCUCGAGUCCCUGCGGGACAGUGCCCACUCCACCCCUGUGCGCUCCUCCUCUCACGGGGACACCUUCCUGCCUCACGUGAGAAGCAGCCGGGCAGACAGCAAUGAGCGAGUCGCCGUGAUUGCAGACGAGGCCUACAGCCCUGCAGACAGCAUGCUGCCCACCCCUGUGGCCGAGCACAGCCUGGAGCUGAUGCUGCUUUCCCGGCAGAUCAAUGGGGCCACCUGCAGCAUCGAGGAGGAGAAGGAGUCUGAGGCCAGCACCCCCACUGCUGCAGAUGUGGAGGCCCUGGGGGGAGAGCUGAGGGCCCUGUGUCAGGGGCACGGCAGGCCGGAGGAGGAACAGAGUGGGCAUCUGAAGGGACCACCGCUACAGCAGCAGCAAGCAGCAGGGGUGGGAAAAUAGAGCCUGAUGAACUAAAUGAUGCAAGACAGAAACUGAUCCUGAGAAUGAAAAGCUUCAGAAAAUAGAAUUCCAAGAUCAACAAACAGCCUUGGAAGGGACCAGGAAAGUAACCUCUUUAAAUAGGAGGCCUAAGACAUGCCUGCGGAGAAAGGUGGACGUGGCAGAGGCCAGCCUUUAGAUGUAGAAGUGCUGCCCCCUAGGGACCUCCUCCGCAUCAGAAAAGUGAGUUGUAGGAAAGAGCGCUUGCCGUCCCUGGCGAGGGAAGCGGUGGAAGCGGUGGAAGCGCAGCACGAAAGGGUGAGCGUGGUGUCCGAGGCCCAAGCUCGGCAACUGUUACACACACUCACACACGGGAUCUUGUUUUCAUCUCAGGGAGAGAUUUCUAAGUCACCUGGGGUCUGCCGCAGGGAGGAGGAGGAGGAACCUGAGGCCAGCCAUGCCCCUGACACAGGGCUCAGCUCUCCCCCAAGGGCCUCCACAUCUGUAGCAGAUGGUCAGUGGACAAUUCCUGGGACCCACACAACAGUGGAGCAACUGCUGACACCCUACGGUGUUCGGUCCCCCAAAUGCAGAACAGAACGAGUCACUUUUAGGUUUGCUCACCGCUAGUUGGUCCCCUGAGAUGGCAAAACCAUGUCCAUGUAUAGAGUGCAAACAGCCUUGGAAUAAAUGGGGUUUUUCUUUUGGGGGGAGGAGGGGGAGAUGUGGAGGGGUAUAUAAUGUUAAAUGUCCAUUCAUCUAGACCAAGGUUGGUAAGCUUCUUCUUCAAGGUGCCAGAUAGUAAAUAUUUUUUUAUUUUGAUGUUGUGGGCCAUAGUCUACGGCAACUAUUGAACUCUGCCGUCGUAGCACAAAAACAGCCAAAGGUAAUACAUAAACGAAGGAAUGUGGCUGUGUCCCAAGAAACCUUUUUAUUUAUAAAAAGAGAGUGAGCUGAAUUUGGCCCACAAGCCGUAAUUUGCCAACCCUCAUCUAUACAAUGAAACUGCCCCUUACCAUGAUGUUAGCAGAAAGAGGGUCGGCUCUGCGCCAGUUCCUGACGUGUGCUAAAGAUCCAGGGCCGUUUCCCAGGGGAGGCACGGGCGUCGCUUGUUUAAAGGGUGCUCGCACAACCAACCAGCAGAGAGAUGUCUGGGGCCAAGAUGUGCAAGACCAAGUACUGGAAUGCUAAAACACAGCCAGAAUCUAAGAAUGGAAGAGGGCUUGUCUGAUCAUUUCCAUACCAGCAACUUGGGCAGAAUUACAAAUAUCUAUUUACCAAGUGACAAGACAAACUGAGGGGGAGCCUAGUAAAGAUUAGGGAUCACUUAGAAUCAACUAGCCACUGCCACUUACCAUCUAUACAGGAAAGGCUGUAUUUAGUACAGAGCUAAAGCGAAAAGAGUAGACUUGGAGAUGAAAAGGCUGUCAGGAGAUAGGGGGCUGGUUUUAACAUGGAUAGCUACUGUCUUAUGCAAUAUAGCAGAUUACCUGUUAGUGUAGUGUUCCUACCUCAGCCUGUAGAGCAUGGUGUUUCUAUGCAGUGAGUGACAGCCUCGACGCGGACCAUUCAUAUCCACAUUAAAGAAAGAUGCAGUAUCCCAGUUCCUGGUACAUUACUUGUGUCUAGACUUCUAACAGUACAAUAGUCCAUACCAAUUCCAACAGCUGGAUUUUUCUCUCUGAAUAGAAACUUUCAGGUCCUUUUUUUCCAGGGCUUAUCUCAGAAAAUACAUAUAGAAAAGUUUCCUUCAAUUUGCUUUUCAAACAGUGCUUGAAUAGCAAGCCUCCUUUGUAGGUGACUAGUCUUUUAUGGUAUCGCCUCAUCAUUUAAAAUUGUUCAAGUUUUUAACCUGCUUUUACUGUGUUCCACUAUGUCUCCCAUUUCCUCUUAAUUCGUUCGAUCUCAUUGUAGAAAAGGCAAUGGUUUCCAUAGCUUCAUCUAUCAGAGGAAAUAAAACUCUUACUAAAGAAUAGUGUGCUGCAUCUCUAAGCAGUAGAGGGUAAACUACCUGCAAAUGUGAAUUUCUUAGUUUCAUUAAAAAAUACAUAGUUGCUAACCUUUCGUGUGCCAAAAAUUCUAAGUUACAUUCUCCUUCAAAGCAAUGUACUUUUUUCUACAUAUUCAGUAUGUAGUUAGCAUAAAAUCAUUGGUGCCAUGAAAAUUAUUUUUAAACUUAAAUAAAUAUUUAAAUAUCAUAGAAGAGUGGACUCUUUUUUAACUUCUAUCAUGUCUCACUUUAUCCUCAAAGUUCCCAACACAUAGAUAAAACGGUACCAGUGGGAUUUACAAAGCUCACUGCCACUUGCGAUUGGAAUCAAAAUAAUUAUUUUGCUUAUAGCCCUCUCCCCGAAGUAAAUACUAUUAGGAACUUAGAAGCUGUAAGCGUGAAAUAAUUUUAAAGGAGAAUUAUACCUCUUUUUUUCUGAUGAGGAAAACCAAGAAGUGAUUUUCCCAAGGUUACACAAUCUCAGAGCCCAAAGAAGAACCCAGAUAGUCCAGCAUCUAAACCAGCUUCGAAUAAGAGGAAGGACAGAAAACACUUCCCAUGAAAGGCACAGAAUGAUAUUCCC